AUGACAGACCGUAACCCUAAUGCCAAUGCUGUUCAAGAUAACAAGGUUAGUAUUAUCCAGGAUACCGCCAAUCCUACCCAGGAUACCACCAAUGUCACCAAUGAUACUCGCAUUCUUGAUGGCGCCGAUGUGAAGCCUAAUGUUCCUGCUGCUCCACGCUCUCUUUUGGGUAAAAAUAAGAACAAAUCCAGCGAUCCACAAGUGUCAUAUAUGGGCCCUCCCACUAGUAGUGCACAUGAGAAUCCAUUCGAGCUGGCUGCUGUGGGUAUACCUAAUAAAGAUCAAUUGAAUCAAGAUACGUUGGAGGCGGAUUACGAGUUUUUUCCGACUGGAAAUACGGAAGAUGUAAGUGGUUUUAUGAGUGGUGUUUUUGAUGUUAUGUUAGGCCAUCAUAUAAGUCUUGUCGUCAAAUUACAUUCUGUUUUACUAAUUUUAAAUUAAGCCACCUUCAGAUCUCGGACGUGACCGGCUCCCAUUCAGGCAGAACUCGAACAUCUUCACGACUCUCAAUCAAUGCCAAAUCAAUUUUCGUUCGCAUGGCCGCGAUCUACGAGCGUAGUCAUGUCCAGUACAUAACCGUGUUCAAUGUGUUCCAAAUGCUUGUGAUCAUUGCGAUGCUCAUCUUCCUAACCACCGUCUCAAUUCAGUACAAGCUACAAUUAGAUGAGGUAGUCUUAGUUUUAGCCUACCGAGAUAACCAUACUCUACCCUACUUAACUCUAUCAUGCCAUAGAGUACCUUACUUUACACCUACCGUACCCCUAGCCGCCCUACUUUACCCGACCCUACUCUAGCUUGCCCUUCACUACCCUGCCCCACCCAAAAAAACCCCUUAACUUGUCCAUUUCAGUGGUACAAACUGUAUAACAUAACCAAGCCCUGCUUCUUCGAAUGGGGCCAAUGGUCGGAAUGUUCGGCGACCUGUCGAACUGGAGAGAUACCGCCAACGAAAUUCCGCAAAGCAAUUCAAUUCAUUCAUGCCGCAGGCAAGUUGUCUGAUGUUAAAUGCGAUGCGGAGAGAUUGUCUAAAGUUAUUGUAGGUUUUUGAAGCCAUUCUUGGCUUUCUUUACUUAUAUAGUGUAACUCAUGUAUAAUGAAUAGCUUGGGGAUUGGAAAUUUGUUCGGUAUACAGCAGUUCGUUAUACAGAAGUUUCAAUGUACCUCUUGUAAUUUAUAUGUUUAAAAAAUUUUUUAAAACAAAAAUAAAAUUUCAGGACAUAGCGCCGUGUAACGUGUACCAAUGCCCAAUAAAGCUAUCGGAACUUAAAUUUGGAGACUGUCUGUACGAAGAUACGAACGAUGAAAAUCGAACUUCUUGUAUCAGAACUCGAAGGGUAUUGGAUGUAGCUCGACUGGUAAGUAUCAAAGUUGUACGAUAUAAAUCUAUCAGCAAGUAAAAAACGUUUUUGGGACUUACAAUGAAAACUUGAAUUUUUAAUUUUUUUUUGGUUACCACGAAAACUUGACUUUCCUUUUUUUGGGUCUUAUCCAGACUUGGACAUACGGCAGGGCAUCGAGGGGUUUCCUUGCUUCUGCACUGUGUCCUGCGAUGCCCUACCAUAAAAUAGGACAAAGAGCACCCUGCUUUGUGUCAACACUGGUCUAAUCAGGAAACCCUUAUUUUUAUUUUCAGAUUGAAUUGGACGGAGAUGCUACCCUGUUCGAACCAUGCGAUUGUUCAACUGCCAACAAUUGGAUUUCUCGAAUGACGCCACAGAACCUGUCACUGAUCAAUCUACAUUGA